AUGCGUGUCAGUUGCUUAAAGAUAUGCCCCAUGACGCAAAUGGCAUCAUAUAAAAGCCUACCAAGAUGCUCAAUACGAUGGAAUUCUAAUUUUGCCCCAGAUAAUGCCCCACGAGCUACGGAUAAUGAGCAAUGGCUGGAUCAUCUCGCAAAAACUAGAAAGGUAUUGCAGCCACUGCCAGAACAUGGUAAUGGGGGAUACCUUUUGAACGAUGCUAAUCUGCCUGAAAACAGGAAGUUUCCUAUUGAGGUGGCUCCUGCUUCUUCUGACAGUCCAUACAUCAACGUAAGGUCAUCAUUGGCACAUUUUACAUCUAUACAAUAUCUUCAGACUUUUAAUAAACAUAAGCACAGACAAGGAAAUUUUGUUGAUGUACGAAUAAUCAAAUGCAGGAGCGGAAGUGGAGGCGAUGGUGCUGUUUCAUUCUUCAGAGAUGCAGGAAGAUCUAUCGGGCCACCUGAUGGUGGUGAUGGUGGUGACGGAGGAAGUGUCUAUGUUCAGUCUGUUGAAGGUCUCAAUUCAUUAUCAAAACUAAGAACUACCUAUACUGGUGGUGAUGGGUCAAAUGGUGCGGCAGACCAGCUUGACGGUGCUAGAGGCAAAGACACCCUUAUAACUGUUCCAGUGGGGACUAUUGUACGUUGGUGCAUGGAUCCCAGAGAAGUACGUGAACUUGUUUCCAAAAAGAUCAAAUAUAAAAAAAACAGUAAUCUACGAUCCAUAUUGGAGGAAACAAAAUUAAAACUUGAUUGUACGGGAAAGAAUCAGCCAAACUGUAUACAGCUAUUCAGGACAGCUUACAAUCCUGGAGAAGGUUGGGUUUUCAAGGGAAAGAGCAAAGAGUACCAUGAUGAUAAAGAUUGGUUUAUAGAAUUGAAGGAAAAGGUAAAAUCAUACGAUAUUGGCCUGUUUGGCACGGAGCUACAAGAGGAUAGGUUUCCGCUUUACGGACUCGAUUUGAGUAAAGUUACAGAAAAGCCAAUAUGUCUUUUAAAAGGUGGCAAAGGCGGUCUUGGAAACAUGCAUUUUUUAACCAAUUUGGUCAGAAAUCCUAGAUUCGCGAAAUCAGGUAGAAGUGGACUUGAGCAAUACCUUAUGUUCGAAUUAAAGAUGAUCGCUGAUUUGGGUUUAGUCGGUCUGCCGAAUGCCGGUAAAUCGACGAUUUUGAACAAAAUAUCGAAUGCGAGACCAAGAAUAGGUCAUUGGCAGUUUACCACUUUGAGUCCCACCAUUGGAACAAUUAAGUCAGUACGUGAUGAGACGACGUUUACGGUUGCCGAUAUACCAGGAAUCAUACAGGGUGCUUCCAAAGAUAAAGGAAUGGGACUUGAUUUUUUAAGGCACAUAGAGCGUUCUAAAGGCUGGGUAUUCGUCGUAAGCAUAGCGGAUGAAGAUCCUAUAGCAGAUCUCAACAUUCUCAUAAACGAACUUGGUGGACUGGAAAAGGUCCGAACUAAAAAUGUAUUGGUAGUAUGUAACAAGGCCGAUAUUGACUGCGAAAAGCCGGAAUCGAUAAACAAGUACCGCAAAAUCCAAACAUUUUGCCGCGAGCAAAGUUGGGAUUCUCUGCCAAUUAGUGCACUCAAAGAAGAGAAUAUAGAUGUGUUACUGGAAAAGAUGGCAAAGUGCGCCUUAUACUAG